ACUGUCACUCCUACUACUAUCACUACUUCUACUACUACUGUCACUCCUACUACUAUCACUACUUCUACUACUACUGUCACUCCUACUACUAUCACUACUCCUGCUCUGCACACAUCUGCACCCUCUAUGUGUAUGCUUAUUAGCGCUCUCAUUCGGCCUUCACUCUUGGUCAUGAGUCUUCCAAAAGGCCAGACACUUUGGCAUAAGUUGUUCAAGAUAUUGUUGUGUCCUCUCUCAAUGGUUGCAGCCAUCAUUGCCUUUAUUCUUUUGCUGCUAUGGGAGCCAAUACAAAUAACUCUUGUGGCUGUUGUGGGUGUGGCAAUGGUCCUGAGCUUGGGACAAACGAUUGUUGUUUUUCUACCCUUUGGGCCCAGCCAUGAACUGAGGUCCAUCUGUGAUUUGGUUGUCAGAGUGGUUGCCUUCACAACUGAGGUUUUUACCAUGGCGGCCAUAUUUGUGGGUCUGGAGGAAAUUGAGAAGUGCUGCUCGAUACACUGGCGCAAGAAAGUGAUGGGAGGGUAUGCAGCCUGGGUGGCUCUGUUCUACUUGAUGUUCAUAUACUUCUGUUACAACCAGAGUUACCAGAGGAAAAGAAUUGGUUACAAAUGGAUUGUGCCAAAGAGAACGAUACUCUUUGAAAAAAUCCUCAAUGUUACCCUUGUUCUGGGCAAAUUGGGUUUUACAGUGGCUCUUAUCACUGGAAUAUACACUUAAUAUACACUAUUUGCAUUGUGUUCCCCCAAACCCCUCUUACGCUGCUGCUACUCUAUUUACCAUAUAUGCAUAGUCACUAACUAUACAUUCAUGUACAUAGUUCCUCAGUUGGCCCGACCAACCAGUGUCUGUAUGUAGCCUUGCUACUGUUAUUUUUCACUGUUUUUAUUUCUUUACUUAUCUAUUGUUCACCUAAUACCUUUUUUGUACUAUUGGUUAGAGCCUGUAAGUAAGCAUUUCACUGUAAGGUGAACUUUGAUUUGAGACAUGAGGAUGGUGUAAAGCAAGAGGUUUGUGUCAUUACAUUAAAACAUGUAUUAUGGCAGUAGGUUUAUACUGUAGAUAUGUGUUAUCCACUUGGUAACACAUUGUAUGUCACACAUGCACUUUAACCCUUGUUUAUCAUUCUUUAUUUUUGGUUUGGGUUACAAUACACGUUUAUACUGUAUCAUGAAUACUUUGUUUUUCUGGAGUUAGAUUUCCAUUCAGUUGGCGACAGAUUUUCAUGCGAAUAUUCUAAAAUCCACAAAAUCAAUAUGCACAUUUUCCCACCAUAGUUGCGAUGAGACAAGGUAGUAGCUACUAAAAUAAUUGGAUACCACGAAAUUGGGGAGAAAAAGGGGUAAAAUAAAAACAAAUUAAGUUGUUGCACAUAAAAUUGUGUGUGAUGAAGUAGUGCACACAAAAAUACCUUUUGCGGUUAAAUUCCCAUGUACCGAAUAAAAAAUUAAAAAAGACUGCUUGUUUCUGUCCUACCUGAUAAUUAAUUGCACAUACCUGGUGUACCAGGUCUAAAUCAGUCCCUGAUUAAAGGAAACAAUGCAGUGGAACUGGCUUCGAGAUCCCGGGUGGCGCAGUGGUUAAGGGCGCUGUACUGCAGCGCCAGCUGUGCCAUCAGAGACUCUGGGUUCGUGCCCAGGCUCUGUCGUAACCGGCCGCGACCAGGAGGCCCCCCAACAAGUUAAUUUGAUGUUGCUCUGUAAGCCAAAUAUUUCAUUAUCUGCAAUAAUGUAAAGUAGACUGCAAUAAAAAGGUCAAAAUCCCAGUCUGUGUGCAUACACUAAAGAUGUGUUUACAGUGCCACAUGUUCUGUUUAAUAAUUCAACAGUCAGGUAACUUCCUUAUUGCUUAGAUAAAUACAUUCUAGUUCCUUCUGUAUUAUUUUCUCCAAUGGAGAUAACAUACAGAUCAGCACUAAAGUUGUAAGUAAUGACUCACAUCAUUUAGUGUUUCCUUUAUUUUGGCAGUUACCGGUAUGCCUACAUCCUGGAAGGUUUCAAUUUGAAGAUAUGAUGGUUAUUAUGCAAGUAUUUGCAACUGAAGGGGUUUCCACUACCAUACAUUUUACCUACAUAAAAAUAUCCCACCAUGUCGAACGAACAAGUUAUCGGUCGGUAUUUAUAAAAUUGUACCUGAAACUUCCUGUUUCCAUCACGGAUGUCGUGAUUUAUUUUUAUACAGUAUGACUUUACUCUCAAACUGUUGAUGGAAACGUGGUGACUGUCAUAUUUAUUUGUCUACAAUACAGCAACUUGUAGAGCAUUGAUGUUACUCUGAAAGGCGAAUAGUUAACAUUUAAAAAUGUCAUAUUUCCUGUCUAAAAUGUGUGCAUACACUAAAGACGCGUUUACAGUG